AUGGGAAACCUGCCUGCUCAUAAGCUUUUACUCAAAGUUGGUGCUCCGAUUAUGCUAUUGCGCAACCUGAAUGUUGCAGAAGGUCUCUGCAAUGGAACUCGAUUAAUCUGUUGUGAACUUCAACAACAUGUUAUUUAUGCCAAGAUUAUUACAGGUGCAAAUGUCGGAAAACAUGUAUUCAUUCCUCGCAUCACACUUACCACUUCCGAUUUGAACUUGCCUUUU